UUGCAGUAUCUGAACUUCACUUCUUCUUCUUCUUUUUCUUCUUCUUCUUCAUCAUCCUCUUUCUUUCUCAAUCCUUCUUUUUCCUUACCAAAAUGGUGAACCCAAGAUGUUUCCUAGACGUAAGCAUUGGCGGUGAACUAGAAGGCCGAAUCGUCAUUGAGCUCUUCAACGACGUCGUUCCAAAAACCGCCGAAAAUUUCAGAGCCCUCUGCACCGGCGAAAAGGGCAUCGGUCCCAACACCGGCGUCCCCCUCCACUACAAGGGGAUGCGUUUUCAUCGCGUCAUCAAAGGAUUCAUGAUCCAAGGCGGUGACAUCUCCGCCGGCGACGGAACCGGAGGGGAAUCCAUCUACGGUUCCAAGUUCGAGGACGAGAACUUCGACCUCAAGCACGAGCGCAAAGGCACGCUUUCCAUGGCCAAUGCGGGUCCCAACACCAACGGUUCUCAGUUCUUCAUCACCACCACGCGCACCCCUAACUUGGACGGAAAACACGUCGUUUUCGGGAGAGUAGCCAAAGGCAUGGGCGUCGUUCGUUCUGUCGAGCACAUCGUCACUGGCGACGAUGACCGUCCCACGCAAGACGCCGUCGUCGUGGAUUGCGGGGAAAUUCCCGAAGGCGAAGACGACGGCGUCAUUAACUUCUUCAAAGACGGUGAUACUUUUCCUGAUUGGCCCGCUGAUCUUGAUGUCAAACCUGAUGAAAUUUCUUGGUGGAUGAGUGCAGUCGACACUAUCAAAAGCCUUGGCAAUGAACAGUACAAGAAGCAAGAUUAUAAGAUGGCUCUCAGAAAGUAUCGCAAAGCCUUGCGAUAUUUGGAUUUGUGUUGGGAGAAGGAUGACAUUGACCAAGAGAAGAGUGCUGCUUUACGGAAGACGAAAUCUCAAAUCUUCACCAACAGUUCUGCUUGUAAAUUGAAAUUGGGUGACCUAAAAGGAGCGUUGCUGGAUUCAGACUUUGCAAUGCAUGAUGGAGAUAAUGCGAAAGCUCUAUUUCGCAAAGGCCAGGCAUAUAUGGCACUCAAUGACCUAGAUGCUGCUGUUGAAAGUUUUAAGAAAGCAUUAGAGUUGGAGCCAAAUGAUGGAGGUAUUAAAAAAGAGUAUGCCACUGCCAGGAGGAAGGUUGCUGAUAGACGCGAUCAAGAGAAAAAAGCUUAUUCUAAAAUGUUCAAAUAGAGUUCUUGCAGUAAUGAUUCGUGGCUGCAUGGUCUGAAAAUCAGAUAUUAUGGGGUUCAAGCGACUCAUGCCAAUUACAUAGUCAACAGUUACUACUUUUUGUUUGCUGGUUGUUUAUGAAAACAUCAGAUAUAGUGUAUCUUCCUGAAUUUAUGCUUUCCAGAUUGUGAAGUUGUGAUAGAGCAUCAUCAUACUUUUAUCUUCUGUCAAACUCUGGUCAUCAACCACUAGUGAUUUUUUAUAAAAGAGAUAGGCAGAUCGAGACAUAUCUCAGAAUGAGGCUUCCAACAUGGUUGACCCAAAUUUCUUUGCUUUUAUCCUCCGAUGGUAUUUAGUCUAAUCAGAACGGUUUCUGACUGCAAGUUAAUCUGAAGACAAAAAAUCAGUAAAACUGAACUUUUGUUGAUUU